AUGGAUGGUGCUGCAGUCCUCUCCCCAUUGACCUCUGCCCUUCUGGUCUCCCCCCAGCUCCCGUUUCAGAAGGACUGUGGCACCGAUGGCCGCUGCGAUGACCAGUUAGCAGUCUCCUUCAAUUUCUCUGGCUUGAGCACCCUGGUGGUGGGGGUCACCCCUGAACUCAACAUCACCGUCUCCAUCCAGAACCAUGGGGAGAAUUCCUACAACACCAGGGUGCAGUUCUUCUACCCGGCCGCGCUGUCCUACCGCCGGGACCUGCUGCUCCAGUCUAACAGGAGGGCCAUGGCCGUUAAGUGUAGCUCGGCCGUGGGCUCCAAGGAGCAGACUCAGAGGAACAGCAUCUGCCACAUCAACCACCCCAUCUUCUGGAGCGGAGCCGAGGUGAGGACGGGCCCUGGCCUGUGAACUCCCCAGGGGUGAGCCCAGCUGGGAGCAG